AUGCGAUCCCUUUCAGCAGCCUUGAAGCUGCGCCCACGUCCUGCUGCCAGAAGCUUGCGACAGCUCGGUAGGCGCGGCUUCGCAGACGUCGCAGAAGGCACCAGACCAUUCGAUGUCGUUGUAGUGGGAGGCGGCCACGCGGGCGCAGAAGCAUGCGCAGCGGCUGCCAGAACCGGCGCGCGAACAGCUUUGGUCACACCGAAGAUCGAGAACCUCGGCACCUGCUCCUGCAAUCCAUCUUUUGGCGGCAUCGGCAAGGGGAUCAUACUUCGCGAAAUCGAUGCUCUUGACGGGUUGGCAGGCAGGGUCAUCGACAAGGCUGGCGUGCAGUUCAGGGUCUUGAAUCGGACCAAGGGGCCGGCUGUUUGGGGACCCCGAGCGCAGAUUGAUCGAAAACUAUACCAGAAGCACAUGAGAGAAGAGCUGGAAACGUACCCAAACCUGUCCAUCGUGCUAGGUAGUGUAUCCGAUAUCGUCACGAGUGAGAGCGCAGACGCCACGAGUACCGUCCAGAGAAAGAUUACAGGAGUGCGUCUUGAGUCUGGCGAGGUUCUCCCUACACGCGCAGUAAUCAUUACGACGGGCACGUUUCUGAGCGCCGAGAUACAUAUCGGCAUGAAAGCGUAUCCCGCGGGACGGAUAGGAGAAGAUGCAUCUUUUGGCUUAAGCAAGUCGUUGAAUGACAGUGGUUUUCGCCUAGGAAGGCUCAAGACAGGAACGCCGCCGCGUAUCGCCAAAGACAGCAUUGACUUUUCGCAGCUGGAGAGGCAGCCCGGAGACGACCCGCCGAUGCCGUUCAGCUUCCUGAACGAUAGAGUGGCCGUGGAGGAGCAAUUGUCCUGCUGGGUCACUUAUACGAAUGAGGCGACGCAUGACAUUGUAAGGGCCAACCUGGAUAAGACGAUACACAUCCGAGAAACCAUCAGGGGCCCGAGAUAUUGCCCCUCGCUAGAGGCGAAAAUCACCCGGUUCUCUGACAAAGACAAGCAUCUUGUCUGGCUGGAGCCCGAAGGUUUCGACAGCGACCUCAUAUAUCCCAACGGCUUGUCCAUGACCGUACCGGAAGAGGCUCAGGGACAGAUUCUGCGCUCGAUUCCAGGCCUGGAGAAGUGCGUCAUGACACAAGUGGGAUACGGUGUCGAACCCUCGGAGUCUCAAGGCGACGCUCGAAACGAAGCAAAUUAG